AUGGUUCAACUUGGGGGACAGCUCCGACCUCGGGCCCCGCCCCCCUCGGCCGAGGUAGGAAGCGGAAGUGGCGUCACUGGUCCCCGGAGGUCUUUGGUCUCGCCGAGCGCAUUAAAGGAAACGUUUGGCCCGGGCGUUGGAGCGGCCUCCUUGGAUAGGCUUGGCCCGUCCUCUCACGUGCGCUGGGACCUAAGGCCCCGCCCUCAGCGAAGUCGUAGUGUGGACUUAGUUACCUUCGCUGAUGUGGCUGUGGACUUCACCCAGGAAGAGUGGACUUUACUGGACCCCUUUCAGAGAAAGUUAUACAGAGAUGUGAUGCUGGAGAACUACAGCAACCUGACCACAGCAGGAUAUCAGGCUUUGAAACCCUCUCUGAUCUCUUGGUUGGAACAAGAAGAGUUGAGGACUGUGGAGAGAGGAGUCUUCCAAGAAUGGGAAAUGCAACUUAAAACCAAAGACUCAGCAAUUCAGCGGGAUAUUUUUUUGGAAAAAACAUCAAAUAGGAUAGAAAUGGUAAGAAGUGACAGUGGAUGGGAACUCUAUGACUGUGAGCAACGUCGGAAAGGCUUCAGUGACCACUCAUGCCUUAGGACACACAGGAGAACUCAAAAUGGAGGGCAGACUUUUGAAGAUAACCAGUAUGGAGAAAGCCUCCUUACCCUGCACAGUAAAUCCUUUACUAGAGAAAAAUGUUCCAUGUUUAAUCAGUGUGGAAAAGCCUUCAAGGUGACUGCAGAUAUUGUGUACCAGAAAUCUGGCAUACAAGAGAAAGCCUUAGAAUACAGAGACAGUGAGAGAGCCUUUGUUAAUGAGUCUUACCUUCAGGCACAAAUGAGAACUCAAAAUAAAGAAAAACCCUAUGAACGGGAGGAGUAUGGGAGAGCUUCUGUUUACUCAACAAGCCUUCAUGCACAUGUGCCAACUCUCACUGCUGAUAAAUGUUACAGAUAUGAGGAAUCUGGAAAAGUCUCUGCUGCCUCCCUAAGCCUUAGUAGACAUAUAAAAAUGCACACUGGAGAGAAGCCUUUUAAAUGUGACACAUGUGGGAAAGCCUUUCGUUUGUCCUCAUACCUACUUGUUCACAGUCGAAUUCACAGUGGAAUAAAACCAUACAAAUGUAAGGAAUGUGGGAAAGCCUUUAGAUGGUCCUCAUAUCUUCGUGUUCACAGUCUAAUUCACUCUGGAAUAAAACCCUACAAAUGUAAGGAAUGUGGGAAAGCCUUUAGAUGGUUCUCAUACCUUGGUGUUCACAAUCGAAUUCACACUGGAAUAAAACCCUACAAAUGUAAGGAAUGUGGGAAAGAAUUCAGUGGUUCUCUGCCCUUUAAUGUUCAUAUGCUAACGCACACUGGAGAGCGACCCUAUGAAUGUAAGGAAUGUGGGAAAACCUUCACUGGAUCCUCAGGCCUUUCUCGACAUAUGAGAACGCACACUGGAGAGAAGCCUUUUAAGUGUGACACAUGCGGGAAAACCUUCACUCGAUCCUCAGGCCUUAAUCGACAUAGGAAAACUCACACUGGAGAGAAGCCUUUUAAGUGUGACACAUGUGGGAAAACCUACACUCGAUCCUCAGGCCUUACUGAACAUAGGAAAACUCACACUGGAGAGAAGCCUUUUAAGUGUGACACAUGUGGGAAAACCUUCACUCAAUCCUCAGGCCUUAGUCAACAUAUGAAAACUCACACUACAGAGAAGCCUUUUAAAUGUGACACGUGUGGGAAAACCUUCACUGAAUCCUCAGGCCUUACUCGACAUAUAAUAACUCACACUGGAGAGAAGCCUUUUAAGUGUGACACAUGCGGGAAAACCUUCAGUCAAUCCUCAAGCCUUACUCAACAUAUUAAAAUUCAUACUGGAGAGAAGCCUUUUAAGUGUGACACAUGUGGGAAAACGUUCACUCGAUCCUCAGGCCUUAAUCGACAUAGGAAAACUCACACUGGAGAGAAGCCUUUUAAAUGUGACACAUGUGGAAAAACCUUCAGUCAGUCCUCAGCCCUUACUGAACAUAUGAAAACUCACACUGGAGAGAAGCCUUUUAAAUGUGACACAUGUGGAAAAACCUUCAGUCGAUCCUCAGGCCUUAUUGAGCAUAUGAAAACUCACACUGGAGAGAAGCCUUUUAAGUGUGACACAUGUGGGAAAGCCUUUGUUUCUUUGUGCCAUCUUAUUAGACAUUUCCAGUCUCAUACUGGGCAGAAGACUAUUAAAUGUGACACAUGUGGGAAAGGCUUUGCAAAUUCCUCAUAUCUUCCUAGACAUUUUAGCAUUCACACUAGAGAGAAGCUUUUUAAGUGUGACACAUGUGGAAAAACCUUCACUCAAUCCUCCAGCCUUACUCGACAUAUGAAAACUCACACUGGAGAGAAGCCUUUUGAGUGUAAUACAUGUGGGGAAACAUUUCCCACUUUGUCCUAUGUUAUCAUCCACAAGCAAACCCACACUGGGGAGAUACCGCAUGAAUGUAAGGAAGGUGGGAAUACCUUCUCUCACUCCUCUAGCCUUUCUUACCAUAUAAAUCAACAUUGAAGAGAAGCCAUUGCUGCUUUCUCAUAUCUAAGUGAUGUUUAAAAAAUUUUUUGCCGCACACAAUGGCAUGUGGAACCUUAGUUCUCCGACCAGGGAUGGAACCCGCACUGUCUGCAUUGGAAGGAGGAGUCUUAACCACUAGUUCACCGGGGAGGUCCCUUACAAAACAUUUUUAAAUCACACAGGAGAGAAGCCUUUUGAGCAUAAUAUAUAUGGGAAAACAUUUGCCAAUUCUUCACCCUUUGUCGUUCAGAAGUGUAUUCACACUGUAGAGAAACCCCAUAAAUGUAAAGAAUGUGGGAAAGCAUAUGCUUCUUCCUCAAAUCUUUCUAAGCAUUUAAAAACAUGUUAUUUAUUUAUUUUGGCCACACUGUGUAGCUUGUGGAAUAUUAGUUCCCUGAUCAGAGAUUGAACCCAGGCCCUCAGUGUGAAGAGCAUGGAGCGCUAACCUCUGGACAACCAGGGGAUUCCCUUUCUAAGCAUUUUAUUUUAUUUUUUAUAUGUCUUUAUUGGAGUAUAAUUGCUUUACAAUGUUGUAUUAGUUUCUGCUGUACAACAAAGUGAAUCAGCUAUAUGUAUAUAUAUACCCCCAUAUCCCCUCCCUCUUGAUCCUCCCUCCCACCCUCCCUACCCCACCACUCUACAUCAUCACAAAGCACCGAGCUGAUCUCCCUGUGCUAUGCAGCAGCUUCCCACUAGCCAUCUACUUUAUAUUUGGUAGUAUAUAUAUAUAUAUGUCAAUGCAACUCUCUUACUGCGUUCCAGCCUCCCCUCCCCUUGCUGUGUCUACAAGUCCAUUCUCUACAUCUGUGUCUUUCUUCCUGCCAUGCCACUAGGUUCAUCAGUACCAUUUUUCUAGAUUCCAUAUAUAUAUGCGUUAGCAUAUGCUACUUGUUUUUCUCUUUCUGACUUACUUCACUCCGUAUGACAGACUGUAGGUCCAUCCACCCACCUCACUACAAAUAACUCAAUUUUUUUCCUUUUUAUGCUGAGUAGUAUUUCAUUAUAUAUAUAUCUUUAUCCAUUCAUCUUUCAGUGGACAUUUAGGUUACUCACAUGUCCUGGCUAUUGUAAAUAGUGCUGCAGUGAACAUUGUGACACAUGUAUCUUUUUGUAUUAUGGUUUUCUCAGGGUAUAUGCCUAGUAGUGGGAUUGCUGGGUCAUAUGGUAGUUCUAUUUUUAGUUUUUUAAGGAAUCUCCAUAGUGUUCUCCAUAAUGGCUCUAUCAAUCUACAUUCUGACCAACAGUGCAGAAGGCUUCCCUUUUCCUCACACCCUCUCCAGCACAUUGUUUCUAGAUCUUUUGAUGAGGGUCAUUCUAACUGGUUUGAGGUGAUAUAUUGUGGUUUUGAUUUGCAUUUCUCCAAUGAUUAGUGAUGUUGAGCAUAUUUUCAUAUGUUUGUUGGUAUCUAAGCAUUUUAGAACUGAUAAUUGGGAGAAGCCUUUUGAGUGUAGUAUAUCUGGGAAAACAUGUACCAGUUCUUCAUCCAUUAUCACGCACAGGCCUAUUCACACUGGAGAGAAACCCUAUCAGUGUAAGGAAUGUGGGAAAGCUUUUUGUCUUUCUGAUUCACUUGGCCAUCCACUGAAAUACACAGCAAAUGUGAUUACCUGAGAAACUUUAAAGCCUUUCCUGUGUGAGUGAAGAAUGCCUGGUUUCAGUGCUAUUUCACAAUGUAGUAUGGGAGUCCCUGGAUUGUAUGGUAAAAUCAGAAAAAUUACUUACUU